CCCGUGUUGGUGCUGAAGGUCUGCAGCCCUCACUUUGAAAAAAAGGUCAGUUCAGAGCUUGGGCUGGAACUCUCAUCAUUCAACCCCUCUUCUGUGGCUGGCCCAGUGCUAGGCCAUGUUGGGGACUCUGCAGUGAUCGAGGCAGCCCUUUACCCAGCCUGGGAGUCAGGGAGGGCUUCCUGCAGAAGGAGACAUUGGAGCUGAGACCUGGAGGAUGAUAAGGAGUGAGCUGAGAGGAGAAGACCUUGCUUGUAUCUCCAGUGCCUUGAACCCCGCCUCCUGGCAUCGAUCAUUAAUUCACAAGCAGCCCCCGAUCUGUGCCAGGCCCAGGGUGCUGAAGAUACAAGAAUGAUCAAAAUGACUGUGCCCUCAUGAGCUUCUGGUCUGGCAACUAGUCAUCAGCUAGUUGCACAGAUGGUAACAGCUGACCAAGUGCCAGGCACUGUUUGAAGCACCUUCGACACUGGCCAUGGACCAGCCAGCUGGCCUGCAGGUGGACUACGUCUUCCGGGGUGUGGAGCAUGCCGUGCGGGUGAUGGUGUCUGGGCAGGUGCUAGAGCUGGAGGUGGAGGACCGGAUGACGGCCGACCAGUGGCGGGCCAAGUUUGAUGCCAGCUUCAUCGAAGAUUUGACUCACAAGACAGGGAACUUCAAACGGUUCAACAUCUUCUGUAACAUGCUGGAGUCGGCCCUCACCCAGAGCAGUGAGUCGGUUACCCUUGACCUGCUGACCUACACAGAUCUCCAGUCCCUGCGGAACCGAAAGAUGGGGGGCUGCCCAGGCCCCUUGGCCUGGAGAUCGGCCCAGCUCAACUCCAAGCGCUACCUGAUCCUCAUCUACUCUGUGGAGUUUGACAGGAUUCACUACCCGCUGCCCCUCCCGUACCAGGGCAAACCAGACCCUGUGGUCCUGCGGGGCAUCAUUCGCUCACUAAAGGAGGAGCUGAGCCGCCUUCGAGGGCUGGAUGGCCAGGACACUCGGGACAGCCGGGAAACUGAGAUCUGGCAUCUGCGGGAGCAGGUGUCGCGCUUGGAGGCUGAGAAGCGCGAGCUGGAGGUCCAGCUGGGCAGAUCGUGCGAAGAGGCGCUGGCCGGGCGGGCGGCGCGCCAGGAGGUCGAGGCGCUGCGCGGGCUCGUGCGCGGCCUGGAGCUGGAGCUGCGGCAGGAGCGCGGCCUCGGGCACCGCGGGUCCGGUCGCCGAAGCCAGGAUUGCCGCCGCCUGGCCAAGGAGCUAGAGGAGGUGAAGGCGUCGGAGCGGAGCCUGCGUGCCCGGCUGAAGACGCUGAACACCGAGCUGGCAAUGUACAAGAGGGGGAGACGGACUACACCGGUGGUGCCGCCCUCGGCCCGGGAAGAUCGGAUUUCGACGUCUCGGGAGCGCUCCACGUCGCGUGGCCGUGGCGCUGCCCGCUCCUCAUCCCGGGAGAGCGACCGCGGGAGCCGGGGUCAAGGCCGCCCUGCCCGCCGCCCCUCGCCCUCACCCACAGGUGGUCGCGCGCCCCGUUUCGACCCGACAGCCUUUGUGAAAGCCAAGGAGAAGAAGCAGAGAGCGAUCAAGAUGAAGCAGCAGCAGCAGCGAAACCGAUUGGGCAGCGGAGGAAGCGGGGACGGUCCAUCCAUCUCCUGGUCUCGGCAGACGCGACCCCCCGCAGCCGUGACCGGUCGAGGAGAGGCGGCUAACCGCUCCCGAAACCGCAGCUCCUCGGUGGACAGUUUCCGCAGCCGCUACUCGUCCGCCAGCUCCUGCAGCGAGUUCGAGGAUUUCUCUGAAUCCCUCCCUAGAGGCGUUCGUCGCCGGGGGAAGCCGCCCAGCCCCACCACCUGGAGUGGGUCCAAUACGCAGCAGAAGCCUAGCCCCCUGGAACGCGGCCGCCAUCAGAGACGCCUGGCCGAUUCGGGGGGCCGGGUCCCCAUCAAAGAGUACAGCUCAGACCACCAGGCAGCUGACAUGGCCGAAAUCGACACCCGCCUGAAGGCCUUGCAGGAAUACAUGAACAGACUGGACAUGCGCUCGUGACCUCGGAGAGAGACUACUGCCCCUCUAAUGGAUUCGGAUGGAUUCGGCGUGAGGGGUGGGGCCGGUGUGUCCUGGCUCCGCCCAGGCCCCGCUCCUUCUGGUGCUCUUGGGGUCUCAGGUGUGUGAGGCCCCAACCCCUACGUCUCCCGCAGGCACUACAUUCUGGGAGGGAGGGUAAGUGUGUUUUGUAAAUAAACAUAUGUGCCC